CAUAACGAUUGAGAAGCUGUACCAAGUUAUAUGGCUACCUCGCCUGAAUGUUAUAUAUGCACAAUGAACUAGCAAAUUUGACACCCAAUCCAAAUUUUGCAUCAACACAUCAAAGCCACCAUGAAAACACCCCAACAUUCUCCCAGUUCAGAAAAGCUUCUUGAAGGUGAAGAAAAACAAUGCCUAAAAGAACCUCCAACUAGCACUAAGAUCACAACCAAAAAACUAGCUUUCAUCCCAUUACUCUGCCUGAUCUACUUUCAAGUCUCUGGUGGCCCUUAUGGCACAGAAACCAUGGUUGGUGCUGGGGGUACUUUCUAUGCAAUCCUUGGCAUCAUAUUCUUCCCAAUCCUCUGGAGCGUUCCCGAGGCCCUCAUCACUGCUGAACUGUCCACUGCCUUUCCCGGCAAUGGUGGCUUCGUCAUAUGGACUCACCAAGCCUUUGGUCCCUUCUGGGGCUUCCUCAUUGGGUUUUGGAAGUUCCUUAGUGCUGUCAUAAACUUAUCUUCAUACCCAAUUAUCUGUUUACGCUACAUUGAUCCAGAUCUUCCACUUUUCUCCUCAAGCACACCUCACUAUCUUGUAAUCUCUGUUUCGACUCUGUUUCUCUCUGUUCUCAACUUUACUGGUUUGCAUAUAGUGGGUUAUGCUUCAAUAUCUUUGGGGAUUCUGUCAUACCUGCCCUUUUUAGUAAUUACUUGUUUUGCAAUUCCCCAAAUUGAUCCUAGCCACUGGGUACUUCUAGGCCAAAAGGGUAAGAAAAAAGACUGGCCUUUGUUCUUUAAUACCCUCUUUUGGAACAUGAAUUGUUGGGACAAUGUUAGUACUUUAGUAGCAGAGGGUGUUACACAACCCUCAAAAACAUUACCAAAAGCAUUUCUCUCAAGUGGAUUGAUCACUUGCUUUGCUCAUUUAGUACCUCUUCUAGCUUCAGUUGGGGCUAUGAAAAUUGACCUAGAUGAUUGGGUUGAUGGAUAUUACACAAUUGUGGCAGAAAAAAUUGUGGGGAAAAAAUUCAAAAGGUGGGUUAGGAUUGGAGCCUUUUUAUCUGGUAUUGGUGUUUUUCAGUCCCAGCUGAGCAGUUGUUCAUAUCAGCUUCUAGGUAUGACUGAAUUAGGGUUGUUACCAACAUUUUUCAGUGCACGGUCCAAACAGUUCAACACUCCUUGGGUGGGGAUUCUGAUAUCAACAGUGAUAUCGAUCUUAAUUUCAAGUAUGAAAUUCAGACAUGUCACAUCAUUAGUGAAUGUUUUCUACAGUCUGGGGAUGAUGUUCGAAAUCGCAGCUUUUAUUUCCUUGAGGAUGAAGUUUCCACAUGUGGAUAGGCCCUUCAAAGUUCCACUUACAAAGCUGAGGAGUCUGAUAGCAAUGUGCUUCUUUCCAUUUGGGUUUUUAUUGUAUGUGGUUUGUGUUGGGCAGCCAAUUGUGUUUUUGGUGGUUGCUUUGCUGACCAUGUUGGGCAUUCUUUGGUAUUUCUGCAUGAGGAUUUUCCAGGCUAAGAUGUGGGUAGACUUCAACCAUGUUAUGAAAAAGCUAGCAGAUUAUGAAAAUUUGGGCUACUAUGAUCAGAUUGUGAAAUAAAGUGGUUUACAAUCACAAAUUCUUCAUUGCUAUUCUGAAGAAGAGUGCCAAGAAUAUAGCUGUACAUUGUAGUAGAACUAUAUAAGUUUGAUGUAGUACUCUACUAUUAUUCCUUAUCAUGUACCUUGUCAGAAAAAUAAAGCAAGAAGCAUCAUGUGGUUUGCAAAAGAUUGGUUUAGCACCCAACUUUCAGAACAGUUAGGUAUUCAUAACUUUCUGACCUUCUGUUGUGGGGUUGAACUCUUCUAGAAGCUGUUGUAUCCUUUAUAUUUCUUUUUCAGAUUAGAUUUAUGAAUUGAGAAACUUCUUAUGCUA